GAUGUCUCCACAGCCAUCUAGGGUGAAUAGAUCAUAUUCAAAGGAUGUUGCUCUUCUUAAAUCUCCGAGUUCUGGUGUAGAUGUUAUGAAGGAAUGGAGGAAGAAAUUUGUUGCUGCAAGUUCUCUUGAAGUCUCAAAUGCACCAGCAACUGUUCAUGCAAGCAUAGGUGAAUCUGUAAGUGCAGAUCCUAAUGUUAUUGUGCCUAAUGUGAUUCAUGAGAUAUCAGUUGAAUCUGUUUCUGUUCCCAAUGUUGAACCUCAUGUUGAGACAUUAGUUGAGACUACUUCAGAUGUGAAUAUGGAACCCUCUGCUAGAAAUCCAAACCCCAUUGUUGACACAUCUGAACUUGAUCUCCAAAUCCAUCAAUCUGCCUUGGGUUCUGAACCAUCUACCGUUUGUAAGAAGUCAGUUAUUGAAAGUGUUCAUGAAUUGUUGUCAUUCUGGUCUUAGAAGUGAUGGUUUGUUUAUGCUGUGCUACCUUUGCCAAAUUUGUGUUAAAAAGGGGGAGUAGUUUGGUGAAGAAUCUGUGUUGUUUCUGUUGCUGUGAAGACUAUGUGUGAUUUGCAAGUGUUAGCUUUGGUCUGUAAUAAGUUGAAGACUCUUUCAAGACAAGGCUAGUAACUGGUUUAUGUUCAAGCUGCUACUGUUCAAGUUGCUACUGGUUUUCUAGUUUACACUUGUUGGAUAGUUAGUGUGUGUGCUGCUAUGCAUAUGGUAUUUAUACUUCAAGCAGUCCACAUGGAUGCAUC